UGUCAGUGGUAGAUUUAAAAGUAGCAGCAAUUUUCAUAGAGGGGACUACCAAAUUACAAAGGCUCAUUCUGCAGAAGUGGACGCCCUGCCAAUCUAGUGGCUGAUAUAAUGUGCUGUGAUGAUUUAGCGAGCUCAGAAAGAAUUAAACCAUCAAUAAAAUGACAGACUUGGUGCAUUUCAAAGCGUCUGCUCAGAUCUUAUGGAAUUUCUUGGCUACUACAUGUUCAGUCAGACAGAAAGACACGGGGGUGAAUCCAUGAUCACCUUGUAGUAUUUCACUGGAUGCCUCAGAAGAGCAGAUGGAAAUAGUGAGCUGUGGAUAAGUCUGUCACUGGGUUUGAGAAGUCUGGCUCUCUCCAUGUCACUGUCACUCGGGAGACAUCCUGCUUUCUGCGCGGCAGUAAGGGAGGGGACUGCGGCUCCGAGUGAUCUUCCUGUAAAAACGGCAAAAGCAGGAGCGGUGGGAAGUGUCAUGUGCGAGGAAUGUGUGGAAUGAGGGUGAUUUCAAGUGUUCCCAUACUCAGAUAAUUCCAAGGGACAGAUCGGCACCCCAUUUCAGAGUCAAGCUGCUGAUCAGAAGGAUAGCAUUUAAUAAUCACUGGCGAGGAGAAGGAGGAGGGGACCAGACAAAGGAGGAAGGAUUUUGCAGCAGUUGGGUUUCUUGGGGCAUAUAGAGAUGAACAAAACAGCAGACAAAGCGUGAGUCCCACUUCUGUGCUGCUCAUCCAAAUUAACAGGACUUCAAGGACUUGCUGCUAAGAUGGAGCUGCUGAAGGGACUGCCAUUGCGCCGCACUUUCCUGGCUGUCAUCCUCAACCUGCUGGCUCUCACCCUCUCCACCACAGCCUUGCUGGGCAGCUACUGGUGCACCGGGACCCAGAAAGUACCCAAGCCUUUGUGUGGGAAGAACAAAGCCUCCCAGUGUGUGGGUGUGCCCAUGCCGUCCGAUGCAGACACGAGCAAUGUUUCCUCUGAGGACACAGUGCACUACAGCUGGGAGACUGGGGAUGACCGCUUUGCCUUCAGAUACUUCCACACAGGGAUGUGGCUUUCCUGUGAAGAGAGCAUGGAAGGCCCAGAAGAGAAAUGCCGCAGCUUUAUUGAGCUUUCACCACCAGCAGAGAGAGGAAUCCUGUGGCUGUCACUGGGAUCAGAGAUGCUGUACAUCAGCUUGCUGCUCAUCAGCUUCAUCCUCCUGAUGGUGGAAAUUCUGCACACUGGCAAUCCUGUGUGUGGGAUGAAGCUCAAUGCCUUUGCUGCUGUCUCCUCAGUGCUGUCAGGUCUCCUUGGGAUGGUGGCACACAUGAUGUACACUCAAGUCUUCCAGGCAACAGUUAAUCUGGGACCAGAGGACUGGAGGCCGCACACAUGGGACUACGGCUGGGCAUUCUACAUGGCCUGGGCCUCCUUCACCUGCUGCAUGGCCUCUGCUGUCACCACUCUCAAUACCUACACCAAGACGAUACUGGAGUUCAAAAGAAACCACAUCAAGGGAUACGAUGGGACCCUCAAGGAUCACCCUCAGCACCACCAGUGCUUCAUACAGCAAAUAAGCAGCUAUUAUGAGCCCAAAGGCAAGGUCUUCCAUUCAGUCUCUGAGGGAGUCGACUUCUACACUGAUCUGCAGCAGAAAAUACUGCAGAGGGAACCAGAGCUGGACCUGGAUGAAGUCUUGGGCCAGACAAUUGGGGAGGAUCGCUGUUAGAGAUGAGUGUACAGGGACUGAGCAGUGGGGUUUGGGAGGAACAAGAGCUCUGAACCAAGCAUUGGCACCACUGUUAGCAGGUUUUGGGGAGCUCUUCCAGGCUCUACAGGGAGUGAGGAGGCAGGCACUGGGUCAGGGCAACUAGAGUAGAAGUUUGGGGGUCCUCCCUGGUCAUAUACAAUGUGAUGGGUGCCCUCUUCUGACAAGGGUGAAACUGGAGGGACAUGCUGGUGCCAGCUGUCUCCAAGCACUUUCAGAGUUGAGUCAGAUGUCCUGAUUCCAGUAUUGCACUGGGGAACAGACAGUCAGCACCAUCCAGAUGGCAAACUGCACUGCUGGGUGGUGUCACACUGACCUUCCAUCAGCACCUCCAGUUCAGUGCUAUGGUGAAGGCCAUCAGUGUUCAUAUUGAUCAGCUGUCACCCUCUCUGAACACCCUGCUUAUUCUUAAUUUCCAGGCCCAAACUCUUAUCCCUGCCCCCAGAUUAAAAGUCCUGCUGCAGUAGGAAUAGGGGAUAGCUUUCAGACAUCUCCUCCUCCUUCCUAUCUGUAAUGACUCCCACAUGUUCCCUUCUUGCUUUUUGCCCAGAAAUCUCCCAUUCUGAGGUACUUUGCUGUCUGCCUCUUUUUACUGUUUCUUUGUAACCAUUAAGAAUUUGGCAGGACUUUUGCUUUUUAUGUUACUUCUAUUCAUCUGUUCCUUUCUGUCCAUUGUAAAAAUAUUGCAAACAACCCCUGAAUCAAAACCCCAAGCAAGCUCAUCUCUCAAAGGUGAAACACUGGUUCACAUGACACAUGACGCUGUACACAGUAUUUAUUUUGUUUCACUGCAGUUCAAAUACAUUUUUCCAACAAUAUACAGACAGACUCUUUAUUCACAGUGGGGGUGGGGGUGGGGAUGUGGGCAGGGUGAAUUCACAUUAAGGAGGAGCUAACAUCACUGCUCUUGAAUGUCAGUUCUCUCAGGAAGAAUCUCAGAAGUAACUACUUAGGUAACAGCCGAUUCACCUUUCCCAGCAAGGUGGUGGCUGGACAGGAGGGAAGGAACACUCCUGUUUAAUCCCUCAUAUGUUACUGGUCCUCACACCUUCAGUCCUAUUCUGCAGCUCUAUUAACUGACACUAGCUCUACUAUAAACACUAAACCCUGUCUGGAGGAAAAUGCCAGGCCUAGAGCCAUUGCUACAGUUGUGCUAAUAUAUACAAAGCUAUUUACACAAAAAUACCAUUAAACAUAUACAAACUGUUCACAGCUCUGACACUAGGAGAUCAGGGCCCAAAGACCAGCCUUGGGGCUUGCAGCUAAACCUGAAGGGCUAUCCUGGAAGCUUUAUAUAGAAAUGUGGGAUGAUGGAAAGGGUGAUACAGCAAAGAGAGGUGUCAAGAGCCCAGCAGAGCAAAUCCAUGGCUAAUGUGCCCAUCUGAAAGGAGAGUCAAAGUCUGCUAUCACCUCAUAACUCAUGGGGAAAUGUGGGGAGGCUGGAAGGGCAUGUGCUAGACAGAAAAGUCCUUUGCAAUCCUCAUCUCAGCCUGGCUCUGUUUAAUGUCAAAGGCCAGGCUUAGAAUGGCAUACUAGGAAAGGAGUUCCUGGAUUGUUGCCCUAAAAUACUGGUGGGGAACUACCGGGGCACCAAAUUGUUUCACUUUUAUAUGGUCUUUUCUACUACAAGAAAAUUCAUACAGAUGCUGCUCAAAUGCAACAGAGAAUAAUGGCACACUCUGGGACAGAGCGGGACACACCUAACACACUGUGAACAAAUGUGUGCCAGGGAUAGCUUGCUCCUCCUGAAGCUGCACACAGGGUUGGGCUGGCAAGGGAAUGGCAAUACUGAGCUCAGAAUAGGGUUAAAAU